AUGAAUACUUUGCAAAAAGAAUAAAUUAUCUAAAAGCAAACUUGUUAAAUAGCUCCAUAGGGCUAUUAUCCAGUGAAUGCUUAACCAAUAAAACUGUAAGGAGUAUAGAAGCUUAAAUUUAUUUCUUAUAAUGUAUGGUUUGAUUAGUUCAAUUUUGUUGAGAGGAAUUAAGAAUUGAGAAAGUUAUUUUUAAAGCAUGAUCCAGAUUUUAUUUGCUUACAAGAAGUUACUUAAUAUUUUAUAUAGUUGUUAAGCUCAGAUAAAGAGUUAUGCAGUAAAUACUACUUUUCCUCUUCAUUUGUUUAAAAUUACGAUGUGUUGAUUCUAUCUAAGUACCCAAUUUCUUUUUAUUGUAGAAAUUACAAUAGCAAUUAAGGAAGAAAUUUAUUAGUAGGAGUGAUUAAUGUAAAUGAAGUAAACUUAGCUAUUGGUACAACACAUUUAGAAAGCCUUCCUUAAAACAAAGAGUUCCGUAAAUAUCAGCUACAAGUAAUUUAAGAUGAGCUUUCAAAAUACCCAGAAAGUAUUUUUAUGGGAGACUUGAAUCUAGAAACUGAAAAUGAAAGCUCUUAUCUACCAAGCUAAUAUCAAGAUACCUGGUUAGAGCUGCAUCCUGGUGACUAAGGAGUGACCUUUCCUUAAAUAAAGAAAAGACUUGACAGAGUUUUGCUUAAAUAGUCUAAUUUAUGGAAAACUACUAAAAUAGAAGUUAUAGGCAAAGAGCCUAUUCCCCUUUAUAAUACAAAAAAGCCAGGUAAUUUAUAUGAAGUAACCACCCCUUCUGAUCACUAUGGUCUUUACUCUGAAAUAACUUUUAUAGGCAAAAAAUGA